GAGCGUACCAGCAGGCGUCCAUUAGGCCAUCCAAAGCUUUGCGAGGCGGGAGCUGCGAGGGACGGUCGACAUGACGGAGGUGGUUGACCUGAUCGGCCACUUCGGCCCCUGGCAAGCCUGCUUCGUGGCCUACGUCACCUACCGCGGCAUACUGACGGGUCUCAACAACCUGGCCUACGUGUUCCUCGUGACCGACAACGAGCACUGGUGCUCGCGCCCGACGCUACCAGAUGGCCUGCUGGCGAACAUCAGCGAAAGCGAAUGGAAGGAACAAUUCAUCCCCUACGACAACGACUCUCGGUCGCACAGUCAGUGCUCCAUGUACGGCUUGCUGCAGAAUUCUACGACCGGCGAGAUCGUGCCGGACAACACUUCGCUGAAGAGCUGUGAGGCGUGGACGUAUGACGAGCACUUGUUUGGACACACGGUGACGGAUGAGUGGAAUCUCGUAUGCGAAAAUACAUGGAAGAGGUCCCUGAUACAAAGCACUUACAUGGCUUGUUUGAUGCUGGGAAUACUGGUCAUCGGUAACGUAUCAGACAGAUUUGGAAGAAGAAUCGUGGCUCUUUUUAGCACCAUUUGCUUGUGCGCUUCGGCGUUUGCGUUGACCUUUUCUACGAGCCUCAACUACUUUCUGGUGGCGAGGGUUGGCGUGGCCGUCGCCAUAUCUGGUCUCCAGGUGGCCUGCUUUAGUCUACUCGCAGAAACCAUCGGGCCGAAAUUUCGCAUUGCACUGAAUGUGUGUUAUGGCUACGGCUGGAUAAGCGGCCUCCUCCUGCUGCCCGGGAUUGUCUGGCUCGCACAGGAUUGGAGGAAACUGCUCAUUGUUCAAGCGGCCUUUGCAGCGCCCCUCUUAUUUGCGCUUCCAUGGCUGUACGAGUCACCCAGGUGGCUCAUAAGCGUGGGAAAGCAAGGUGAAGCAGUCGAGGCUAUCCGCAAGAUCGCGCGUUUCAAUAAGAAACAACUUCGUGACGUCGAAAAGGAGGUGGACGCCCUAAUGAAGAGGAAGCAGAACGUCAUGCAAGGUCACCAGAGCAACGUGUCAGUCUUCGGACUUUUCAAGACCAAAUAUCUGCGAAGAAACACGCUGGUGCUAGUCGCCGCCUCGUUCCUGUCGUAUAUAGUGUACUACGGCUACGCGAGGACGGCCACUACGCUCGGGGGAAAUCCGUACCUGAAUUUUGGCAUCGCUGCCGGAUUGGAGUGUGCCGGCUACACCGUGUCCCUCGUGACAACCAAAUACCUCAAGCGAAUUCCCACCAUGAUUUCAAGCUACGGGUUCUUUAGUCUCACUCUACUCAUCACGGCGUUCACGCCGAGGGAGUAUCUGGCCGUACGAAUGACUAUCCGCAUGGCGGGCUGGUUCACGUACACGCUUGGCUACACAACGCAGUUUGUGUUCAUCAACGAAAUGUUCCCCACCGUCGCUCGGAGCGGAGGCUUCGGGCUGUGCACCACUGUUGGCCGCUUGGGGGCAGCAAUUGAACCUUGGAUCAACGUGUUUUUGAUGUCGUGGGGUGAGAAGAGUGUCCUUAUUUUGUACUCAGUGAUGCUUUUUGUCAUAUCAUCCGCCAUGAUUCUCCUGCCGGAAACAUUAGGCAGCCCACUGCCGGAUACAUUGGAAGAGGGUGAGCUCUAUUCAGCGCUCAAGUUAUCGAAGAAAAUGAAGACGGCGAGACGAAACAGAGAUUCGUACAACGCUGUGGAAGCCGAGGACCGUGAGCUGGACAACAAGAUCUGAACCGUAUUGUACGUAUGCACGAGGGAGAGAGAGAGAACGAGAGAGAAAAAACUGUGAAUAAAGACUGAACA